AUGGAAGGAGACGGGAGUCAAGCCACAUCCGGAAGCCUAAACGAUUCACAACAUGACCCGGGUAAAAUGUUUAUCGGUGGCCUGAGCUGGCAAACCUCACCAGACAGCCUUAGAGACUAUUUUAGUAAAUUCGGAGAAAUAAGAGAAUGUAUGGUGAUGAGAGACCCCACGACAAAACGCUCAAGAGGAUUUGGGUUCGUUACGUUUACAGAUGCUGCCAGCGUAGAUAAAGUUUUAGCCCAACAACACCACGAAUUAGACUCAAAGACGAUUGAUCCUAAGGUUGCCUUCCCUCGCCGCGCCCAACCCAAGAUGGUCACAAGAACAAAGAAAAUAUUUGUGGGAGGUUUGUCGGCAAACACAGUAGUGGAAGAUGUGAAGCAGUAUUUUGAACAGUUUGGAAAGGUUGACGACGCCAUGCUAAUGUUUGAUAAGACUACUAACAGACAUAGGGGAUUUGGUUUCAUUACUUUUGAGAGUGAGGACAUCGUAGAGAAAGUCUGUGAAAUUCAUUUUCAUGAAAUCAAUAACAAAAUGGUAGAAUGUAAGAAGGCCCAGCCCAAGGAGGUGAUGUUCCCACCGGGCACGCGAGGGAGAGCCCGGGGUCUGCCCUACACCAUGGAUGCCUUCAUGCUGGGAAUGGGCAUGCUGAGUUAUCCCAAUAUUGUGGCAACAUACGGCCGUGGAUACACUGGAUUCACACCCAGCUACAGCUAUCAGUUUCCUGGCUUCCCGGCGACAGCGUAUGGACCGGUGGCGGCGGCAGCAGUAGCAGCAGCGCGUGGCUCAGGUAGGGGGGCCCGUGGAAGAGGCGGAUACUUGGCGUACCCACAGAGCGCAGGGCCAGGCCUCCCCGAUUAUGGGUUUUACUCUGCGCCCAGUGACCAGAGGGGGGGGCCGUGCUCCUUUGCCGACUAUGCCUCCCUGGGCCCCCAAGCGGCUCAGAUGCUGCACAGUGAGCAUGCCACCUCCGCCUGCAACUCCCCCCUCCAGCACCUACACAGCCCGGAUCAGUUUAAGAACCCAGGCUCUAACCCGUCGAGGCCCGGAGGUUUCCCAGGAGCCAAUAGUCCCGGGCCCGUGGCUGACCUGUACGGCCCCAGUAGCCAGGAGCAGAACUACAUCAGUGCAGCCAGCCCCCAGCCGGGCUCUGGCUUCGGCCCCAGCAUCACAGGCCCGUUGAUUGCGACAGCUUUUACAAAUGGAUACCAUUGA